CGAAGAGGCACGACCACGCUAUCUUCUCUGUUAACUAAUUGCUACAUACUUCCGCAGUGACGACUCCCCUUUCCCAGUAUGUCGUCCACAGGUACAAUCCGAAAUCGAACCAUGGGUCGCGGCCAGCUCCCCUUUGAGGGUGCUCCGUCCGGUAUACCUCGCAAGGUCGAACAUUCAAGCACGCAGAGCAUGCCAUCGGAUGUUGGAAGUUCCACAUUGAGCGUUAGCAGGCAAAAACAAUCAAAGCGAGAUGAGGCUAUUAGGAAAAAGAUGGAAGCGGACCUUAAUAAGAAAAGAUAUAACCCCGCUAGAGCUCGAUCGACUCGCAAAGCACCCCCUGGAACCGUUCUUGCCCUGAAGCCUAGCCAGGCGCUUCAGAUUAAACCAAAUACCACGGUAGCAGAGGCCGCACAAUUGAUGGCUGCCAAACGCGAGGAUUGCGUUCUAGUAACUGACGAUGAUGACCGCAUUGCUGGUAUAUUUACCGCUAAGGAUUUGGCGUUUCGCGUUGUUGGAGCCGGCAUUAGAGCGAGAGACGUUACAAUUGCCGAGAUCAUGACCAAAAACCCGCUAUGUGCCCGGACCGAUACUAGUGCGACCGACGCCCUGGAUUUGAUGGUUCGGAAAGGCUUCCGCCACUUGCCCGUUAUGGACGAAAAUCAGGAUAUUUCUGGUAUUUUGGAUAUUACCAAGUGUUUUUAUGAUGCUAUGGAGAAGCUUGAACGGGCAUACAGCUCCUCUCGCAAGUUGUAUGAUGCUUUGGAAGGUGUACAGUCUGAAUUGGGCUCGUCUCAGCCUCAGCAAAUUAUACAGUAUGUGGAGGCGUUGCGGCAGAAAAUGUCUGGGCCUACCCUUGAGUCUGUCUUGAAUGGGCUGCCCCCAAUUACUGUCUCCGUAAGAACAUCAGUGAAAGACGCAGCCGCUUUGAUGAGGGAGCAUCAUACUACAGCUCUUUUGGUGCAAGAUCAAGGAUCGAUCACUGGAAUCUUUACAAGUAAAGAUGUUGUAUUGCGAGUCAUUGCCCCUGGAUUGGACCCGGCUACCUGCAGCGUUGUGAGAGUUAUGACCCCUCACCCUGACUUCGCGCCCACUGAUAUGAGCAUCCAAGCUGCCCUUCGGAAAAUGCAUGAUGGACACUAUUUGAACCUCCCUGUCAUGAAUGAAUCAGGAGAGAUCGUUGGCAUGGUUGAUGUGCUCAAACUGACAUACGCCACACUAGAGCAGAUCAAUACUAUGCAAACAAACGAGAAUGAAGGGCCAGCCUGGAACAAAUUCUGGCUCUCAAUGGACCAGGAAUCUGAUUCUAUGGUCUCGGGGGGUGGCCAUAGCCAGAACCCUCGUCGAUCUAUCCUCAGCACCGAUCCAAGAGAUCGUGGAGAUAGUGUUCUCCCACACGAAUCCGCGUCACACCACGGUGAAGAUGCUACUUCUGAAUUAUUGGACACACGGCACCUUGCGAACGACGAUUCUCCAUUCCCAUUCAAAUUCAAGGCUCCGAGCGGCCGCGUCCACCGACUUCAGGUCAUUGCGUCCGCCGGUGUUGCCGAGCUGGCUGCUAACGUUUCGAGUAAACUUGGAUCCGAAGUUGAAGCUGUUGGCGGGGAGGCCGUUGUGGAGGACGGCAAACUUAGCAACAGCGGGUACGCCCUGAGUUAUUUGGAUAAUGAAGGUGACACUGUCUCCAUCACAACAGACCAAGACCUCCUUGAUGCCAUCGUGCAAGCUAGAAAAGCUGGUCGGGAUAAAGUGGACCUCUUUGUUCAUGACCCGGAAAGCCCCCCGGUGAUCGCUCAAGAACCCCAACAGGCCACCACGCAGGCACCCCCAGAACCAGUGACGAGAUCACCCAUACCGGAAGAAGAAGAGCAAAGCAUGGACCAAGCCCGCCCUCAAAAGAGCCUUUCUCAGACUCUUACACAAUCGUCAGCGGAACAACAGCUAAUAGCAGGUGUUCCCAACGAGCUGAUUUUACCGGGCGCAAUUGUAACUCUUGCCGCGGUUAUUUUGGGUGUGUUUGUCUUGAGUCGGGCGGGUGGAAAGAGAUGAUAAUUGAGGCUGUCUAAGUUGAUACAAAUUAUUGGAUGGUGCUCAUUCAAUCGAUUCUUGAUUUCAUAGACCUUCCCCCUUUUACAUAUCAGUAUGUUUUUUUCUAAUACCCUAUACAUCUCUCCCAUGACUUUAGAGCCAGCGCCUGAGUCGAUUGAUUUGAAGCCAAGCAUGUUGUCACAUAGAGCUCUUGUAG